AUGGCGCAGACGAUUGAAUUGGCUCAGACGGCCAAAAGAGACCAUCUAAAAGCUCUGGAGACCAAGUAUCAACAGCGAUGGCAGAACGAGAAGCUGUUCGAGGUCAACGCGCCUCCCGCUGAAGAGCUGGCAGGUCUUUCGCAAGCCGAGAUCAAGGACAAGUACCCCAAGUGGUUUGGAAACUUCCCUUAUCCUUACAUGAACGGAAGUCUGCACUUGGGCCAUGCUUUCACCAUUUCCAAGAUUGAAUUCGCCGCUGGCUACGAGAGGAUGUUGGGCAAGAGGGUCCUCUUCCCUCAUGGAUUCCAUGUCACCGGUAUGCCUAUCAAGGCCUCUGCCGACAAGAUCAUCCGCGAAAUGGAACUCUUCGGUCCCGACUUUGAAAACUACGAGGCAGUCCAGGCAAAACUCGACGCUGAACAGGAACAACAAGAAGAGGCUGCAGCCCCCGCCUCGACCGAUGGAAAUCCCGCCGACAAAUCCAAGGCUAAAAAGGGCAAACUCGUCGCCAAAUCCACCGGCCUGACUUACCAGUUCCAAAUCAUGGAGUCUAUCGGUGUACCUCGCGCUGAAAUUAAAAAAUUCGCUGACCCUCUCUACUGGUUGACUUAUUUCCCUCCCAUUGCCAUCAACGACAACAACGCCUUUGGUUCCAGGAUUGACUGGAGGAGGUCCUUCAUCACCACCGACGCCAAUCCUUACUACGACGCGUUCGUGCGCUGGCAAGUCAACAAGCUGCACAAACUCGGCAAGAUCAAGUUCGGCGAACGUUACACCAUUUACAGUCCCAAGGACGGACAGCCUUGCAUGGACCACGACCGUCAGGACGGUGAGGGUGUUGGACCCACCGAGUACACUGGCAUCAAGAUGGAAGUCGCUGAAUGGAGUGAGGAGGCAAAGAAACUUGUCGCCGACAAAGUUGGAGGCAGGAAGGUGUUCUUCGUCGCUGCCACUUUGAGGCCCGAGACCAUGUAUGGCCAGACCAACUGUUAUGUCGGCCCUUCCCUCAAAUACGGCGUUUUCGCUAUCAACGACAAGGAAGCCUAUGUCUGCACCACCCGCGCUGCCCGUAACAUGGCUUACCAGGGCAUCAUCACUCCUCGAGGCAACGUUGAGCAGCUCGUCGAAGUCGAGGGCUCGAAGCUCUUGGGUACGCGCGUCAAGGCUGCCUUCUCCCUCAACCCCGAAGUCUACAUCUUACCCAUGGAGAACGUUCUCGCUACGAAGGGUACUGGUGUAGUCACCUCCGUUCCCUCUGACUCCCCCGACGACUACCAAACCCUCAUGGAUCUCCGCAAGAAGCCUGAAUUCUACAAGAUCGAUCCUUCCUGGGCAGCCAUCGACCCCGUCCCCGUAAUCUCCUCGCCUACAUACGGAAACCUCACCGCCCCCGCCGUCGUGAAGCAGCUCAAGAUCCAGUCGCAAAAGGACACCAAGCAGCUUGCCGAGGCCAAGGAAAUCGCGUACAAGGAGGGCUUCUAUAACGGUACCAUGUUGGUCGGCGAGUUUGCUGGUCAGCCUGUGCAGGAAGCCAAGCCCAAGGUCAGGGAGGCUAUGAUCAAGGCUGGUUUGGCCUUUGCAUAUGCCGAACCUGAUGGAUUGGUUAUCUCCCGAAGUGCGGACGAGUGUGUUGUUGCCCUCAUGGAUCAGUGGUAUCUUGACUAUGGAGAGCCCGAGUGGAAGAAGCAGACUGAAGGCCUGCUCGCCAAGAUGAACACCUACACUCCCGAGACUCGACAUGCCUUCCAAAAGACUUUGGAUUGGUUGAACCAGUGGGCCUGCGCUCGAACCUACGGUUUGGGCUCAGUCCUUCCUUGGGACCCUCAGUUCUUGGUAGAAUCUCUCAGUGACUCCACCAUCUACAUGAGCUACUACACCGUCGCCCACCUCCUCCAUACCAACAUCGAAGGCAGCACCCCCGGACCACUCGGAAUCACGCCCGAGCAAAUGACUGACGAAAUCUGGGAGUACAUCUUCUGCAACGGCCCCUUCCCCUCCCCCUCCCCCAUCCCUAAAGAAAAGGUCGACGCCCUCAAACACGAAUACGAAUACUUCUACCCCUUCGACAUCCGAUCUUCCGCUAAAGACCUCGUCCCCAACCAUCUCACCUUUGCUCUAUACAACCACGCCGCCUUGUUCCCCGAGGACAAAUGGCCAUUGAGCAUGAGGACUAACGGUCACUUGAUGUUGAACGGCAAGAAGAUGUCGAAGAGCACGGGUAACUCGUUGACAUUGAGGGAGGCGAUUGAGAAGUUCGGUGCGGAUGCUACGAGGUUGAGCUUGGCUGAUGCUGGUGAUGGCCUUGAGGAUGCCAACUUUGAGGAGAAGACUGCCAACGCGAACAUUUUGCGUGUGCACACUUUGCUCGGUUGGUGUGAGGAAAUGGUCAAGGACAAGGGCAACUUGCGCACUGGACCUCGCAAUUACCACGACACCGUCUUCGAGAACGAGAUCAACGAGCUGAUCAACAUCACCCAAAGCCACUACGAGGCCACCAACUACAAGGACGCCCUCAAAUACGGCUUCUACGAGCUCCAAAGCGCACGAGACUGGUACCGUGAAGUCACCUCCGACGUUGGUAUGCACCAAGACCUCGUCCUGUACUGGAUCCGCAUCGCCGCACUCGUCAUCACCCCCCUUGCUCCCCACUUCGCCGAACACAUCUGGUCCGGCAUCCUCAACCAGCCCCAAUCCAUUCAACUCGCCCUCUGGCCGACACCCUCCACCCCCGUCGACCGCACCGCCAUCGAAGCAGGACAUUACAUGCGCGGAACGAUCAAGACCAUCCGAGAUGCUGAGACCACGCUGUUGAAGAUGAUGGCCAAGGCUGCGAAGGGUAAGAAGGUCGGAGGCGACGCGCCUUUCGAUCCCAAGAAACCCAAGAGCGUGCGGGUGUACGUCGCCACUGAGUUCCCCGAGUGGCAGAAUAUCAGCGUGGAUGUUGUGAAACAGGCGUACGACGAGAAGGAGGGCAAGGUGGAUGAUGCCAAGGUUAGGCAGUUGUUGAUCGAGAAGGGCUUGAUCAAGGAUAAGAGGGUUAUGCCUUUCAUCCAGGCUUUCAAGAAACGUAUGGCCCAAUACGGAGCUGAAACCGCCUUCCGCCGUACCCUCCUCUUCAACGAAAGCGAAGUCCUCCGCGAACUCCUUCCCUACCUCAAGAAGACUCUCCACCUCAUUGACGCUGAAGUUUUGAGCGUCGAUGAGGCCAGGCAAAGGGAGGGCGAGCCUGGAUUCACCAAGAGCAUUAUCGAUGCUUCUGAACCUGGCGCACCUGGCUUUGAGUAUCGCAAUGUGUAG